UUCUAUGAAGAUGAUAUAUUAGUCGAAAUGCUGCAUUACUGUCCGUCUUCAUGAUAUUUUCUUAGCAAAUUGGUCCUCCCGUCGCAUGAACAUCUGUUGUGUUGCAUAUUUGCCUCUGUGCUUUCCUUGCUUUCCUCUGAUUUGUGCGUUUGAGGUUUAAUUUUUCUUUUGCGAAAUGGCAUUGGAGCUUGGCUUCAAUGUGAACAAUGCAGGGCCGCUCAGUCAACUCUCCGUGCAAAUUGCCAGUUUGGACGUUGCAGUCUUCCUAGCAACGUCCGCAUGGGGUUGGUACAAGGGAAGAGAUAGGGCGCUGACAUUCGAACAAACCUUGAGUUCCAAGGGCGUUUCAUUGGCGACAACGUCCUCUUUCAAAAGUGAUUGGUAUUCGAAAAUUCGACAAGAGCAUGGUGCCAUCUACGGAGCGGCUUUGACAAGAGACCGAACUCUCGUCCGUAUUCUACUGCCAAAAGCAAGCACGGCCAAUGAAGGUGACCCAGGAAUGAGGUGCCUUCGCGCCGCAAUGGUUGCCCUUUUGUGCUUUGCAGAGGCUGAUCAAGUAUCUACAAUACUAAAAGAAGUACUUCCUCGCACUCUGCUUCACUAUGAGCAAGAAGGGGUGGAAUUUGCGCUGGAGGGAGCCUCUUUGGCCUCGCUUUUGCACUUUGUCACUGCCGUGGCUAGAGAAGAGAAUGUCGACGCACUACGUCGGCAUAUCCUCGAGGAAGUGGACUUUCGGGUCAGAACAGUUGUUGGCCCAGACAUGCUCGCCGAGGUAUUGAAGGCUGGAAGAGCGGAUACUGCGCAGGUCAUUGGACUUUUGGUCUGGAUACUCAAGCCUAAUCAUUCAAAAAGUUACUUUUCAUAUCCGACCAAAAGCUUGAAAGUUUGGGCUUUAGCUGCUGCGCUCCAUAAAUUGGGCUUUGACGUUGAAGCUUCGAAUCAGCUGGUCACGACUCCAUAUUCCCCGCCAGAUUCUCCCUGUUUUCAUAAUGGAUCUUACAUGGAUGUUCCAGAGGUGAUAUUAGUCCUUAGCCCUGGCUGGCGGACUGACAAAGAAGCCAUAAUGUCGACAGUCGGUGUCAAUGCUGAGAUAAAGCCUCCACCAAGACUGGUGCCUAUUCGGGCGAUCCCUGCCAUUGCGUACACGAGAGUCGUCGCAGAGGGAGUUCAGAUUGAUCUUGCAAGAUUAGAAGCUGCAUUUUCGGAGACGUACUUGCAUGUAAGGAAAACUCUUUGCACGAUGCCACUCUUCUGUCGGGCAGUAGGUAUCCCGGUAUCAAUGAUGCCUCGACCAGAUAUGGAAAAUUUUAACAAAGAUAUGCCUCACUAUGAGCUUUUGGAACACUACUUAGAUGCCAAAGGGCUAGAAAGUGAGUUCGAUUGCUCGCAAGACUUCUUCUCAAACCCUGGAGAAUCUCAGGCAGAGAUCCACAAAUUGAUUGGGCCAAUGAUGCUAAAACAUAUGAACCCUGAAAUUUGCCAAAAUUUGGAAAGAAUGCAUGUUGUUUUUCAACACAUAGCCUUCGCCGGCGUCCUCGGAGCUGUGUCUUUAUGUAUACACUACAACCGGCAGGCGUGGGGUCCUGAAAUGAACAUGGAAAUAGCUUAUGGCGAUGCAAUCACACUCGAGCAUGUUAAAAUGCUAAACAAAAGAAGCCCACUUAGACCUGAUAAGCCUUCCUUGCCGCAAUGGUUAUCACGGCUAGGGGAUGCUCUUUACAUGCUGAGGGCGAUUUUUGGACCCGAUCUCACUAUGUUAGACCAGCCGUUUGCACCUGCUGGGAGGAGAGAGAGGCAGGAGAGUCGUGGGUCUGCUCUUCGUGACCUUCGUGAUAAAUGGGGUGCGCUUGUCUGUCAGGUUAUUGUCGGCGCGAAUGUAGACGUGCUUGCUCAUCCGUUCGGGGCACAAGGAUACGGGAUAUCUGCCAUUUCUGACUUUUUGUUAUACCCGAGCUUACGACCGUCCGCUUGCUUUGUCUAUCAUUAUCAGUAUGGCCAGCUUUUGGAUAUCCCAACAGAUCAGGAUAUCGUGAUUGAUGGAGCUUAUAAGAGAUCUUCAAAGGCUAUUCCCGCUGAACUUGACCAGAGUGAACACUUGACCGAUAUUCGGAUAGUAGAAUAUUUUCCUCUCGAUCGACUACGGUGUGACAUAGAACCAUGUUGGGAAAGUGACCUUCGAAAAUGUUGCCUCAAUAUUCGACUUGCAGGGAUUUCCCGAGUUGAAUUGAGCCCUAUCGAAGUUGUGCGUUCCAUUCAACCCGAUAUACACCACGUGACGGAUUUAUCACAUACAAGUUUGUGUGAGAGGAGCACAAAUUUCUCCGUGGAUGCAAUAUUCGAUCGGAAAUGGUAUCGAGUCCCGCUCCUGGAUAUGCUUUCCCGUGGCCAGCUUGCCAUUUCCUCUAUUGAAGGAUUAGUGGGCCCCAAACCGAACUGGAUAUUUCACGCGUCCGGAAGCGAGUUGCUGGCCAUAAUUUGCCUGUCUCUUGGGUUCACACCGUCCUUGAAACCGGACUCUAGGAUAGUCUGCAAUUGCAUCGCGGAUGGUCUUGAAAAAGCUAAGUCGUUGGGGUAUCCAGAGAAAUCUGUUAUGUUGAUCUUGAUUAGUGAUUGCAUGAACCAUAGUAGUCUCACUUUACAAUAACGGCCAAGGUCGAUAACGUCUCGGAUAAACAAAGA